AUGGAGACGCCCAUCGAGCGCGAAAUCCGGCGCAGCUGCGAACGCGAGGCGAGCCUGCGCCGGAGCCGAGGCCUGAGUCCAGGCCGCGCGGGCAGCGAACUUGUCGAGCUGCGCGUGCGGCCGGUGCUCAGCCGGCCCGGGCCGGGCCCCGCGCUCCCGCGCGCCUUAGAACGCGCGCGAGCGGGCGCGCAGAUGCAGCGAGAAAUCGAGCGGGAGGCCCACCGCCAGGCGGCGCUAGCGCGCCCUGCCGCCCGUGAACCAAGUUCCCGGUCACCGCCACAGCCACUGGGCGAGCUCAAGCGAUUCUUCGAGGCUGUCGGGGAGCGCGGCCCCUCGCCUGCGGGCGGCGCAGGCCCGCAGCGGCCGCCCAAACCUGGAGGCCUGCGGCGCUCGGCCGCGCAGGGCGGGUGCCCGGUGCUGGCCCGCGCCCCGCAGUUGGCCGAGCUGUCGCUGCUGGAGCAGGAGGUGUGCCAGGUGCGCGAGCGCGAGCGGGAGCUGCAGCGCCAGCGGCGUAGUGUCUACGGCACCGCCGAGUUCAAGGAGCCCGCGCCAAGCCUCACGGCGAGUACGGGCAACGGAAAACUGGCGGUGAUCUGGCCCCCCCGCAGGAAGGCUUCAGAGAACGGCCUGGAGUAGGAGGAGCGCAAGCCUUGAGGUUUGAGCAGGCUGGAACCUGCGGAGGAAGGAAGCUUCACGUCGGAGGACAGGGUCGGGGCCGCCCCAGGAGUGCCCCCGGAUUGCUGGGAGGCCUGGAGAGGGUUCAACUGUCCGCACAGGGGACGGUGAAAUCGACCAUUUCAUCCUUGAGCCUGGCUUUAUGAAAUUGAUCAGUCCCUUCUGUAAAACUGUUUAGUCCCCUCCGGGAACCUGACCACUACCCCCAUCCCUGUAAGUGAAACUGUCCAGCCCUUUUCCUUGUAACUCUGCAAACCCAGCCAGCCUCUCCCUCGGGCCUUGACAGUUAGAGGGCCAGGGUCACUGCCUCGGCUGCCCCUCCACACCCCAAUAAAGCCCCUUCUUCCUGGGCAAUACAGGCUGUUUGUUUCUGGGUCCUCGUGGCCUGGGGUGGGGCCGGAGUGCGGCGGGCGGAGGGAGGUCUGAGAAAGCCGCAGGAGGUGCGGUCCAGUUUGCGGAUUGCACUCUUAUCGCCCUGUUCCUCCGCCGCCCGCCUCCCAGGCUGGCCCGGCCCGGGUCCUGCUGCCCCCUGGCGGCGCGGGCGCGAACUGCGGCGUCCGGACCGACGCGCUCACGCCCUCCGUUUCCCAGCCGCGUUGUCAAAAUUUAUUGGUGCCAGCAGCUUGCCCCGCGCUGGGCGCUGGCUAGACGGAGAUGAAAAGAGGCUGUUCCUGCCCUGGAGACGUAGACAGUAGCUGCCCCCCAAACAAGUGGGGGGCGCAAGCUCCUUGGCAAGGCAUGUUGAUACUCUGCCCAGCAGUUGAAAACUCAGAUGUCUACCGGGGCGAGGCAGAUACUAAGGAGAAGAAAAUAGGCCCGUUGUGAAGCAAUAGGGAGGGGUGGAGUCUGGGGUGUGCUGGAAAACAAAUGAGUGAGCUCAGUGAUGCCUGAGCUUCUGCUUUUCAAAAGCAACUGGCAACCCAGCUUUCAAAAGAGAAAUCUACCGAACUUUAAAUGAUCGUGACUAUUUAGAAAAACCUUUAAAAAAAUUUUUUUGGGGGGUUGGCAUCGGCACAAACACCACCAGUUUGCAGUGGGGCCCGUGGCUGGCUGUCAGUUUGCAAGCCGUGGUUGAUUUCUCUGUCCUGGGACAAGGGUUUCAAGGCCCCCUGGAUGGGGCUCGAGGGGAUCUGUGAAUGCCCUAAGUGGUUUAUAAAACUAUGUGUGGUCAUAUUCUGAGGAAUGCAGCUAUAGUUUAACAAACAGCUUGCUGGAGGUGCACUGAGACCCAGAAAAGUUUUAGAAUCACUGCUUAAACUCCUGUUGUUAUUAGCUGUCAGCCCCCUACUCAUGGUGACCCCACGCACAACAGAAUCAGAGCACUGUGAUCUAUCGGGUUUUUAUUGGCUGAUUUUCAGAAGCAGAUCACCAGACCUUUCUUCCUAGUCCAUAUUAGUCUGGACGCUCCACUAAC